UUCGUGGUGGGGCAGAUCGUCCGUUGUGUUGCACUGUCAGUGUCAGUCGCUGUCUGAUAUUAGAGAUAACUUUGAUCUUGACAUCGUCUCGAGUUCCUGCGUCUUUUUUUCUUUUUUCCUUCUUUCUUUUCUCCCUACACAUAUUUCACUCGGUUCUUCCUUCUCCUUGUGAGAUUGCAUUGGCCUUUCUGAACAUACUUAGCUUAUCUCAUUCCUUGAUCUACUCCGAAAUCGCAUAGCCACAAUUCAUGAGAUGUGCAACUCUAUUUCAUGAGCAUUACGAGGCUUCAUCAGAGGACUAUUUUAUCACAUCUACCGCCAAAAAAAGAACUCAAAAUCUUGCUUUCGGGUGCUUGAAAUCACCUAUUGUAGCUGCCAUGGCCUGGCUCAAAAUCAUCGCUGGUAUCAUCAGCUUGCUCACCAUCAUCCAGCCCAUAUCAGCUGCACCCAGCCGUGAGAGCGCUCACAAAGAGUACUGCCCCGUUCUCUAUAACGAACCACCAACCAACUGCCGUCCUCUUCCCGAUACAUUCUUGACUUUCUCCUCCAAGCCUUCUGAUUCGCCUCCAGCAGACACCCAGAUUCUCGAGGACGCUCUCAGUGCUCUUUCAGCUCUUCAAGACCAUUUCUUUGAACCGGAUUACGCAACAUGGCCAUCUGCCAUUGAUUGGACUGCCGCUGUUGCAGGAACAGUCGUAGCUGGAAUUCUCACCACUUUGUCCAAGGCUAUCGAUUCGGUCGAUCUUGCUGGUAUUGAUGAUUGGAGAGUGAAGGAGAACAUCAUCGCGACUUUCUAUGCGCAGCUUGUGGGUUCGUACUUUGGACAAGAUGUACUGUCAAUCAGAGGCCAGGCUUACGACGACAUAUUAUGGGUCGCUCUUGGAUGGAUCGAGGCCAUCAAAUUCGUGCGAACUCACGCUGAUCUUCACUACCCCAAGAUAAAAUCCGAGGGGGUUUCUGAGAGAAGUAAUCUGAGGGAGGUCAUCGAAUCUAUGCCAUGGCAGGGCUACAACUGGUUCUCAUCUUUUGCCCACCGCUCUCGCAUCUUCUGGAACCUGGCAACUCACGGGUGGGAGACAAAGUUCUGUAAUGGAGGCAUGGUCUGGAAUCCUCGCUUGAACCCGUACAAAAACGCCAUCACCAAUGAACUCUGGGUGGCUGCUUCGAUUUCCAUGUACGAGCAUUUUCCUGGUGACAACUUCACUGCGCCAUGGCUGAACAGUGCUGCAUUCCCGGGUAACGACCCUGCACAUCUGGAGGCCGCCAUGCGAGGGUACAAGUGGCUCAUCGAUGUCAACAUGACCAAUUCUCUGGGUCUAUAUGUGGACGGAUAUCACAUCGAUAGCACCAAGCCCGGUAACACGAAGUGUGAUCUUCGAGACGAGAUGGUGUACACGUACAACCAAGGUGUCUUGCUAACAGGCCAACGAGGUCUCUGGUCCGUCAGUGGAAGCGCAUCGUAUCUGGAAGAUGGGCAUCGUCUGAUCCAGUCCGUCAUCAGAGCUACAGGAUGGAAUCUGAAAGAGAAUAAGCCCGUCGAUGACCUGAAACACCCGGGUCCCGGCCAGUUGCCUCCAUGGUAUGGACUUGGCCGCGGAGGCAUCCUGGAAGAGCAGUGCGAUGCUAGUAGCACCUGCUCCCAGGACGGCCAGACUUUCAAAGGUAUCUUCUUCCAUCAUUUCACAGCUUUCUGCAGCCCUCUUGAACCUCUGGUCGCCAAACAGGGCAGAACAACCGACCCCCGUGGAUACCGGCGUGUCAAAGGAAUCCACGCAGAUGCAUGCCAGUCGUACUUGGGCUGGGUCAAACAUAACGUCCAUGCAGCUCUGAAGACUCGCAAUGACGAUGGCCUCUUUGGCAUGUGGUGGGGUGCUGGCAUCUAUGGUGCUCUCCCGACACUGGGUACCGACGGUAUCAACCACACCGCAGAGAACGCAACCGACUACCGCAACCAAGGAACGCCUGAUGACGAGACUUGGGGUGGACUUCACCGAUGGACCCCAGGUACAGGACACUGGUCACCUUCAGGGCCGAAGUCUGACCAGCAUGUUAUGGACAGUGUUGGGGAUGGCCUCGUACCUCGCGGCGGAAGACACUCACCUCAAGAGGUGAAGAUGAAAGGGCAGGAUCCCAAUGAACGGGGCCGUGGCCGGACUGUCGAGACACAAGUUGGAGGAAUUGCACUGCUUAGAGCAUACUGGGAGCUUUCCCGAUCAUUUGAACGAUGACGAUUUCAUGUUUAUGACUGAUAAAAAUGCGUUUAUAAAUAGACAGCAUAGACUGCGAUAGAAUGAUGAUGAUCUGAACGCAUUUGCGUUUGUAACAUUUCAAAAU